UCUUAUUAAUUUAUUUUUCAACCACUAGAUGUCGGAAACAUUGUCAUUAUAUUUGAUGCCUGGUUUUAGAGGCAAGACAAGAAUACCAAAAAACAGACACACAUUUUCGUCGAAAAUUUAUUUAUUUAAAUUAAUUGAUGAUGAGAUGCAAUUGAAAAUGUUUGAAAAAACCUAAAAAUCAACGUAUACGUUUGAGCAUCAAGCCAUUAUCACAUUUGACUGUUGAUGAAUUUCUGAAUCAAUGAAUUGAAACCUGAAGUGAUGACAUUUUCAAUCAGUAAAUGAUUGAUCAAUUAUUCAAUUGAUCCAUGAAAUUAAUGAGAUGAUGCUUUGAAAUAUUAAACGUCCAAUUGAAUAAAUUGUUGAAAAUUGAAAGAUUUUUUUUUAUUCAUUCAUAUGAUUGAAACAUCAGUCACCAUCACAAUGUCUUUAUGCCGAUCAUCAUUGUUCUUUUUAUAUUUUUGUUUCGAUAUUACAAUCCAUCAAGUACGAACACAACUUGAUGAUAAAAAUUAUCUUUUAGCAUUACGAUCGGUUAUUAAGAAAUUAAAUUUCAAUCAAUUAUCCUAUGAUGAAUUUCGAAAUGAUAUCAAACAAUUGGCUACUGUUGAUCCAGAUGAUCUGAAUGAUUGUUAUGAUAGUUCAUUUGGUGAACGAAAUCUAAAUAUAAUUCAUAUGGAUUUGAAUACGAUUAUCGAAGAAUAUUUUAAUACACCAGAACAAAUACAGCUAUUAUCAAUGGAAUUAUCAGAUGGAAAUCAGCAUACAGAUCAAUUAUUAGAGCAACGAGUGGAAAUUCUGGCUACAAAUAUAUUGCAAUUGACUAAAGAGGUUUUGAAAUGUUUGGAAAGUCCAAAAGAAAAACGUUCCCGUUUAGGUAUAACAUCAAUUUCACAUCUGUCUGAGGAAGAAUUCCAAUCGCUUUUGGGUGAUCAAUUAUAUGAUUCCAUGCAGAAUUCCUCAUCGGAAAUAAUAUCGGGUCCAAAUCUACAAAUACCGAUGAAAUAUAGCUGGACUGACCAUAACGCUGUAACACCUAUACGUAAUCAAUUUCGAUGUGGUAGUUGUGCAGUAUUUAGUGCAGUUGCAACAGUUGAAAGUGCUUACCUUAUCCAUUAUGGUCGUAAACGAAUGAUAUCACCACAAUCGAUUGAUCUAAGUGAACAAUCAGUUCUAGACUGUUUACAAAAUGGUGUUUGCAAAGAUGGAUCAUACGUUGAUGAGUCAUGGAAUAUUAUCAAACGAAAAGGAAUAUCAACGGAAAGAGAGCGACCAUAUCAAGCCAGACAAACUGGUCAUUGUAAUCGAAAUCCACAAUCAUUGAUAUAUAUGAAAAAAUGGAUUCAAAAUUAUCAAAAUACAGAAAAAUACAUGCAACGGUUAAUAUUACAAUAUGGACCAAUAUCGGCUUUAAUUGAUGCACGUAAAUUACAUCAUUUGAAAGGACCAUUUCAUGGUUAUUGUGGACAAAAAAUAACUCACGCAGUAGUGAUUGUUGGUUGGAUCCAAAAAUAUUGGAUUAUUAAGAAUAGCUGGGGAAAAAACUGGGGACUGAAUGGGUUUCUUUAUCUACCCCGUGGCCAGAAUAAAUGUAACAUUCAAUAUUAUGCUGGUGUGCCAUUCAUUCGAUGAU